AUUUUAAUGUGGUGGGGAGGCGGAAGUGCUUUGAGCGUGACGCAUUUUUUCCAGCUUGACGCAGGUCUGGGAUCGCUGCGGCUCAUCGCGACGUCGCGGCUUUGUUCGACCCGGAUUCUUUCAUGAAGUGUUGAUGUCACCUGGCCAUGUCCGCCGUGGUGUACCCUCGCGAAGAAGCCCCGGAGCGUCUGAGCCAGGACGAGAUCGUGGUCAACGCCAAGGCCGUCAUGCAGGGCCUGGAGACGCUGCGCGGCGAGCACGCCCGGCUGCUCGACUCGCUGCUCGACUGCGCUCACCCGUCGGCCGCGCGGGAAAAGUCCGGCGCGCUCCGCAAGAGCGUGGAGGCCAUUGAGCUGGGCCUGGGAGAAGCUCAAGUGAUCGUCGCCCUGUCGGGCCACCUGAGCGCCGUCGAGUCCGAGAAGCAGAAGCUGCGCGCCCAAGUGCGGCGCCUGUGCCAGGAGAACCAGUGGCUGCGCGACGAGCUGGCGGCCACGCAGCGCAAGCUGCAGCGCAGCGAGCAGAGCGUGGCGCAGCUGGAGGAGGAGAAGAAGCACCUGGAGUUCAUGAACCAGAUCAAGAAGCUGGACGACGACGACGACGACGACGGCGACGACGACGACGCGGCGGCCGCCUCGCCCUCCGAGGAGAAGAACCGAAGCAAGGACGGCCUGGACGACUUGUUCCCAAACGACGACGAGCACGGGGCAGCUCAGCCCGGCGGCGAGGCGGCGGCGCGGCGAGGCGGUUACGAAAUCCCGGCCCGCCUCAGGACGCUCCACAACCUGGUCAUCCAGUACGCCUCGCAGGGCCGCUACGAGGUGGCCGUGCCGCUGUGCAAGCAGGCCUUGGAGGACCUGGAGAAGACGUCGGGCCGCGAUCACCCCGACGUGGCCACCAUGCUCAAUAUCCUGGCUCUGGUCUACAGGGACCAGAACAAGUACAAAGAAGCGGCGCACCUCCUCAACGACGCCCUCGCCAUCCGAGAGAAGACGCUGGGCAAGGACCACCCCGCGGUGGCCGCCACCCUCAACAACCUGGCCGUCCUCUACGGCAAGCGGGGCAAGUACAAGGAGGCGGAGCCUCUGUGCAAGCGAGCGCUGGAGAUCCGGGAGAAGGUGUUAGGCAAGUACCACCCCGACGUGGCCAAGCAGCUCAACAACCUGGCGCUGCUGUGCCAGAACCAGGCCAAGUACACGGAGGUGGAGUACUACUACCGUCGCGCUUUGGAGAUCUACCAGUCCGAGCUGGGCGCCGACGACCCAAACGUGGCUAAGACCAAAAACAACCUGGCGACGUGCUACCUGAAGCAGGGCAAGUUCAAGGACGCCGAGGCGCUCUACAAAGACAUCCUGACCCGAGCGCACGAGCGCGACUUCGGCUCCGUCAACAAUGACAACAAGCCCAUCUGGAUGCACGCCGAGGAGCGAGAAGAGAGCAAGGGCAAGCGCAAGGACGCGGGGACGUACGUGGAGUACGGCAGCUGGUACAAGGCGUGCAAGGUGGACAGCCCCGCUGUCAACACCACGCUCAAGAGUCUGGGGGCCCUGUACCGCCGCCAGGGCAAACUGGAGGCGGCUGAAACGCUGGAGGAGUGCGCCAGCAAGUCCCGCAAGCAGGGCUUUGACGCCGUCAACCGAAGCAAGGUGGUGGAGCUCCUCAAGGACGGAGGAGGAGGAGAGCGGCGACGCAGCAGGGAAGGAGGGAACGCCUCCGGGGCGCCGAGGGCCGACGGCGAUGCCGACGACUCUGCCGAGUGGAACGGGGACGGAAGCGGCUCCCUCCGCCGCAGCGGCUCCUUCGGGAAGAUCCGCGACGCCCUGAGGAGGAGCAGCGAGAUGCUGGUGAAAAAGCUGCAGGGCAGCGGGCCGCAAGAACCGCGCAACCCGGGAAUGAAGAGAGCCAGUUCCCUCAACUUCCUGAAUAAGGGCGCCGAGGAUACCGCGCGGGACGCCGACUCGGGCCUGUCAGACUGUCGGGGACUCAGCGCCAGCAACGUGGACCUGACCAGACGCGACUCCCUGAUCGGCUAGACUGACCCGGACGCUCCGCCGCGCGCGCUUUUAUUUGAUUUGAUUUAUUUAUUUAUUUAUUUUUGGGGGGGGGUGGAGUGGGUUCACCGCAUCAAGACGCGUCGGUCGCCGUCGUACUUUCCCACUCGGCAUGCGAAAAUCCAAACGCUGACGUAGCUGUAGCUCCACCGUCACAUCGCUCGACCGCGAUUGGCUGUUUAGAAGAUGGGCGUGGCUCGGGGGACGGGACGGGAAGCGCUAGUACGUGUCCGCUUUUAGCAGCUCCGUGAACGUCGCGAGGUCGAAUCCCGUCGCGUUGGUUUUAGCCGGAGCGUCUGUUGUCCCGACGCUUUUCCACAAAAUGCACUUGAAGACGCUUCAAUAAAUUAUACAACACAUGUC